AUGUUCGUCUUUCCCGCCUUUCUGGCUGUCCUCGUCUCGACGUUCAUCGUCGCUGUGCUUUCCGAAGGAAAUGUGACAUGUUCAGGGACUGCUCUGGAUUGGUACUCUGCUCAAACAGGGGAAACCCCUUGCAAGACCUACGAACGAUUACGCCAGAUAUGCAAUUCGGACUUCGAGGUUGGUAUCAUGAAUACUACCCUUCCACCAGAUAUAUGUGACGAGCAAGUCUCGGAUUGUUGCUGCAACUCCGUCGCAUAUGCACUGGCCAUGCUUUGCCUAAAUUGUCAGCAGAAUAUAGGUGGUGGAUCUGGGUAUGAUGCAGCUGUUGGUGACUAUCAACUGUAUUUGGAAGGGUCUCGUACGAACGGGUCAACCUGCACUCCGGUCACAAAUCAAACCCUUUCCACCGCCAUCCAAACUGCUGUCUGCAAUGAGGAAAUCAGGCUUUUCGACAGUCUUUAUUCACUUUUCUGGACUGAUGGUUCGUGGUAUUAUCAAUACACCCAACAAACCAUCAACAAAGCCAUCGCAUCAAAUGACAAUAACACUUUCACUCAUUGCGCUUCAACGACAUUGAAUAAUACUUCUUCGGCCUCAAGUGUCUCUGUCUCAGCGACGUCAAGCCCUAUCAGCUCCAGUUCAUCACAUCUUACCGGAGGUGCAAUUGGUGGAGUUGUCGUGGGUACUAUCGUUGGAGUGGUAGGAGCAGCUCUUAUCGUGUGGUUCUGUUGGUGGAAACGCAAGGAAAGAUCGAAAACCACGAAACCCGAGAAUAAAAUCGAACCAUUCACGCCUCAAGGAGCUGAAACUGAAACUCAUAAUAGACGAGGUAAUGAUCCUGCGGAAACAGCUUUGUCCGAGCUGACUUUUUCUGCCUUUCAUAUUUCAGGUGGAGUCUCUAACUCGUCAAAAUUAUAUCACGACCCAGCUGUUUAUCAAGGGGAACCGUCAGUCAUGAGUUCUCCAUCUCCUCCAGGUGCUGCUGGUCCUUCCUACGCUUCAGCUUACACAGGUUAUCCAAACGGCCUGAUAUCUGCUUACGGGGCCCCGAGCCCACUUUAUCCGCAAUCACCCUCCCAACUCGAUUCGCCUUCGCCUAUAUUAACAGGCUCGUUGCCCACAGAGAAGGGUGCACGACUGUAUUCGAGUGCGGAUCAGCCAACGUCGCCUGUACCGACAACUAUGGGCUCAAUGAGCUCCAGGCCUAUGUUAUCGCCCAGUGGUCAUAGUUAUAAUCAGAGCUUGGGUGCGUUCACGGAGGACAGUGAACGCGAACAGUUGUCAAUAAUGUCAUCGAUACCGGAAAGGCAUAUGGAUGGAGGGCGUAUCCCGGAUGAAAUGCUGGACGGGAGGUUACCUCCUGCGUACGGGGACCAACUCGAUUGA